CCCUUCAGUCAACUUCUCCACCGCUUCUGGACUUUGCUGCACGUCAUGAACAAGACAGUCAAGCAGAAUUGACAGUGCUGGACUUUAGAAACCAGGCUGGUGGCACGGUUGACACUUCCACGGUCACUCCACCCUAAAAGGAAACUGUACCAGUCUUGAUGCUGACCAGCUGAAUCACUCUCAAGUGGCCUCAGAACUGAGAGAGAUGGUGGCAUCUGAUAGAAAAUCAGCAACUUUUAAUGAAAAUUCAGCUCGAGGUCUCUGAAGCUGGGGAAAUAGGAAUCUUGGAGGAGGGUCAGUUUGCCAGAUGCAGAAAUAAAGAAAUGCAUCACUAAUUAUCAAGUUUAGGAGUGGAAAGCCUGCCUUUCACCUCAAAGCUGCAACAGAACUAGUCUCCCAGUCUUGGGCCGAGGAGAGUGGACAGGCACGCUCGGACGGUUUGGCGCAUUAGAAUUCAACAACUGUCAAGCCCGAUCAUGGAAAUCAAAGAGGAAAGAACAUCUGAGGAAGGACCUCACUUUCUCCCCCCAGCCCAGGGUAAUGAUCUAGGGGAGCUCCGGUGCACAAGUAUUCAGAGUACUGCUAAUGAACCAAAGUUGGAAUUCAGCCUUGCAUGUAAAGAUCUUGUAGCCGGGGCCCGUGAUCGGAAGUUGAACACGUUGGUGCAGAUCUCAGUGAUUCAUCCAGCAGAACAGAGUUUGACGAGAUAUUCAAGCACUGAAAUUGUGGAGGGAACAAGAGAUCCACUGUUUCUGACUGGUGUGGCAUUUCCACCAGACUACCCCAUCUAUGAGGAAACCAAAAUAAAACUAACCGUCUAUGAUGUCAAGGAUAGAGCUCAUGACACGGUCCGCACCAGUGCCCUUCACGAACACAAGGAACCACAGUCAGAAGUUGGGCGAAGCUUCCUGGGCUGUGCUUGUUUUAAAGUAGGGGAGCUGGUGAAGUCAAAGGAUCAAAAGCUGACCCUUAGUCUGAGAUCUUCAGAUGGUGGAAAAGCAGUUGGUUCCAUAGAAGUCAGCCUAGUGAAGAUGGGGGAAAUAGAGGAUGGGGAAGCAGACCACAUCUCGACAGAUGUGCAGGGCCAAAAGUGUGCAUUGGUGUGUGAGUGCACUGCUCCAGAAGGCAUGAGCAACAAGGACAGCUUGCCUUUAUUGAAUGCAGUGCUAAAAAAUCCAGUGUGCAAGCUAUAUAGAUUUCCCACGUCGGACAGCAAGUGGCUGCAGAUCCGAGAGCAGAUGUCUGAGAGUACCCUUUCUUUUCAUAUUCCUAAGGAAGUGAUCUCCCUGCAAAUUAAGGAAGACUUGAGAAGAAACCAGGAGCUCAAAGACCUUGGCGAGCUUUCCCCACAUUGGGACAAUCUGCGCAAAAGUGUUCUUACCCACUGUGAGCAAAUGGUGAGCAUGUACCAGGACACUCUGACAGAGCUCGGGAAGCAGACAGGGUCUUCCUUCAAGUCAAGCUGUAAUAAAGGAGAGAAGACACUAGAAUUUGUUCCAAUAAAUCUACACGUUCAACAAAUGCAAGUGCACAGCCCCCAGUUGAAAGAUUCUCAGUAUGAUGUCAUCACAGUGGGAGCCCCAGCGGCACACUGUCAGGGAUUUAAGAAUGGCGGACUUCGGAGAUUGCUCAGUAAAUUUGAGAUAGAAAGGAGAAACACUGGAUACCAGUUUAUUUACUAUUCACCUGAAAAUACAGCCAAGGCAAAGGAAGUUCUCAGCAACAUCAAUCAACUAGAACCUCUCAUAUCAACCCAUGCAGACCUACUACUUAAUUCUGCAAGCCAGCAUUCUCCAGACAGCUUGAAGAAUUCUUUAAAGAUGCUUUCAGAAAAAACAGAGCUCUUUGUGCACACCUUCAAGGACCAGUUGGUCAGAAAUGCCCUGUUAGCACUCUACACGGCCCGGCCAGGUUGUGUUCUCAAAAAGCCAACUACACCCGGGAGCAGCAUGGAGGAGAGCAGCCCCCCAGGCCACCUACCUCCGAUCCAACGCCAGGACUCAAUUCCACACCACUCGGAAUAUGACGAAGAGGAGUGGGAUAGGGUGUGGGCCAACGUUGCACAAAGCUUAAACUGCAUUAUUGCGAUGGUGGACAGACUGCUGGAUAAAGACAGCAGAAACAGCAGCAGCAGCUGCAGAAACAGCAACAGCAACAUUGAAGAAACUGAAAAAGACCCUCCACCCUCAGAUCCCAUCGCGGCUCCCACAAGUGAGAACUGGUAUGAGCAGCUGUAUCCCCUCGUCAUUACACUGAAGGAAUGUAUGGCGGAAGUAGUGAAUCGGGCAAAGCAGUCUAUGACUUUCGUGCUACUUCAGGAACUCGCGUGCAGCUUGCCGCAGUGUCUGAUGCUCACGCUCAGGAGAGAUGUCGUCUUUAGUCAAGCACUUGCUGGAUUGGUGUGUGGAUUUAUAAUCAAACUGCACACGAGUUUGCAUGAUCCCGGCUUCCUGCAACAACUUCAUAUGGUGGGGUUGGUUGUGCAAUAUGAAGGACUGCUAAGUACAUAUAGUGAAGAAAUUGGGAUGCUGGAGGACAUGGCUGUCGGCAUUUCCGACUUGAAGAAAGUAGCAUUUAAAAUAGUUGAAGCCAAAUCCAAUGAUUUUUUGCCGGCCGUAACUGGCAGGCGUGAACAUUAUGUAAUAGAGGUCAAACUUCCAGCCAGGGUGUUUGAGUUGCUGCCAUUAGAGAUUAAGGAAGGGAAGCUACUACAUGUGUAUCCAGUACUCUUUAAUGUUGGAAUCAAUGAACAGCAAACCCUUGCAGAGAGGUUUGGAGAUGUCUCUUUGCAAGAAAGCAUCAAUCAGGAAAACUUUGAACUCCUUAGAGAAUACUGUAAGUUGUUUACCGAAAAGAUGCCUCCUGAUAGCCUACACAAUUUCCAAGAGCAGAAUGACUUAAAAGGAUUACUAGAAAAUCUCCAUCAAAAUGUCCAGGCCAAAAAAAGAAAGAAUGUAGAGAUCAUGUGGCUGGCUGCCACUAUUUGCCGCAAGCUGAAUGGAAUUCGUUUUACCUGUUGCAAAAGUGCCAAAGACAGAACAUCCAUGUCAGUGACGCUUGAACAGUGCUCUAUCUUGAGAGAUGAGCAUCAGCUACACAAGGAUUUCUUUAUCCGGGCACUGGAUUGUAUGAGAAGAGAAGGAUGCCGCAUAGAGAAUGUACUGAAGAAUAUCAAAUGCAGAAAGUAUGCAUUCAACAUGCUACAACUGAUGGCUUUCCCCAAGUACUACAGACCUCCAGAGGGGACAUAUGGAAAAGCUGAUACCUAAGUUUUACAAAAUGGUCAUCAGGAAUACACAACUGUUCUAAUAUACACAUCGCUUUAUUAUGUCAUGAAUUGGGGCGGUUGGGGGUGGGGGGAGCGUUGAAACAAGUCUAGGAAUUGAUUGAAUUGGGUUUGAACAGGUGGAGUUAGAAAUUAAAAAUUAUUGUGGGCAGGCGUUUGGAAAAAAAAUGUAUCCCCGGAGAUGCCGUGUUGAACAUUCUCUGUGCCACAGACUAUAAAUUACUGCAUCACACGAGCCACCAUAUCUUUAACUCAGUGGCAAUAAUCAGUGGUACUCGGAUAAGAGCAUUUCAGACCAAACAGGUUGCUACAGGAAAAUGGAAUAUACUUCAGUAAAAGGUAAUCUCCCCUAAGAGACAGACAUGAACAGUGUCCAGUAUGAGUUGGGAAUCAAAGUUCAUUUGAAACCAGUGAAACCUUGUGGUCAUUAGGUCUUCCGAUGUCUGCCGUCAUCGGAAACAUUUGUCAAUUCUCCGUGUGCUGAUCUUCCAACCAAAAUAGAGGAUGGGGCUUGCUUCUCCGCAACCAUCGGCUCCCCUUGUCUUUUCAUUUAGGUGGAUUAAUCUUUCCUUCUCAAAGAGAAAUACAGUGUCGCAGUUGUGCUUCAGAAGAGCUGCUUCCAAACAGCCAAGGAGAGGAAGUUGAAAAGAUUUUCCAAGUGGCCGUGUCUUUUCAGAAAGCUUCCCAAAGUCUUUCUACAUGAGCAACCCAUGAAUUUGCUUCAGUACAGAAUGCAUAAAAUCCAUUUCUUCUGUUUACUUUGAAACCACCUCCGAAAUGAAAUUUAGUAUUUGUUUCCUAACAUCCAACAGUAACACUUUAUGACAUUUUAAGACAGGAGUGGCAAUAAUCUGACUCAGUGUCAACUAUAGAAAGAAUUUGAAAGAAAGCUAGUAAAAGCCAAAGUGAGAGUUUUCAAGAGACUACUGGGUCUAACAUCUUUGAAUCAUUGAAAGGGACAAGAUUCAGUGUAGUAACUAGAAAUUGCUUCCUAGAUAUCAUUAUGGUACAGAAUUUUUCUUAAUGUUAUUCUCUCUUUAUUCUGGCAUAAGUACAAACAAUUAGGACACCUUAUUGAAAAUGUGCAAUAUUAUUUACAUGAGAAACUGAAAUAACUGUUUUAUUUUCAUUUGAGUUUCAAAGACAUUUUUUUCCUCAGUAGACCAGAAUGAUUAUUUGGAGAACCAUAGAUCCUUAGCAUCUAUUGCAUAUUUACAUAUUUCUUUGCUCUUCCAUAAACAAAAUGGAAGGUCUUUAAUAUUUUUGUAAUAGCCUAUUGCCUGAAAUAGCAUCUAGCUAUUUCUACAUUUAGAUGCACAAACUCCUGGUAGAGUCUUGGAAUACAAUUUAUUCUGCAGGAAUGUAUAUAUUUAUUUUCACAGAAUCAUUUUUGAUCUUUGCAGCCAGAGCCAUGUAAGCCCUUUUUAGAGUUUUGAUUGAUAAGCUGAAGACUUUGAGGGUCACUUCAGUGUAUCUGGUUAAGUGGUCUGGUCACCCUUGCUGAAUAUUUCACAGCUACAGGAUAUUCUUCCUAAUGGAAAGUUGGAUCCAAUCAAUUUUUAAACCAAAGUUUAUUGGCCUUUUCUCUAAUGCCCCAGGCUCUCACAAGAGUGUUGAAUUGAAAUCAUGUGAAGACAUUACAUUUCCAUGGCUGGCAGUUAUUGUAGCAAAUCUCUGAGAUUUAAAGUAUAAACCACCGCUAUAUUUUCUAGGACCAUUCACAAAGCAGGUUGUUAUAGUCCAGGUUCCAAAGACCUUAAAAAUUAGAUCAGCUUAAGAAUGAUCCAUUUAAUUUUUUUUAAAAUAGUGAAACUGUAAUUCUGUUAAACCCAAGCAGGACCUAUCUUUGAAAAACUUCUAUCUUUUAAAAAUCUACUCUGAUAAUUUCAUCCCAAAUUCUGACCCCCCAGUGCCACUUGUACAUGGUGAUUUCAAGCAAUCACCGAAGUAUUGUGUGGUUUCUUUAAUGAGACUAGUCUGAUGCUUUUUCUGGUGGGGUCACAUUUUCUAGACUAGAGAAAACAAAUUUAUAAAGACAAUUCCAAACUUCAACAAUUGCAUUUUACUAUAGUUGAUAGCCAUUUCAAACUCUCUCCCUCCUCAGGAAGCUAUUACUUGGAUUCAGACUUCAGGUGGAGAAGUAAAUCCCAAGUAGAAUAUUUUUAAAGCUGUUCUUUCACAGCACUCCCAAGUAGUACUCUGCAUUUGCACUGAGACAGUGCAUCAUUGGAUGAAAUAAUGCCAGAUGACAUUCCUGUUUCCUUACUUAUUGUAAGAGGUGAGGUUAUGUUUUACACUUCCAUUUCUCAGAAAUACCCCCAAAAUAAAGCUAUGAUAAUUUACAUUUUGAUGGAGAAGGAGAAAGCCAUUUCUCUUUUCCCCCAAAGUAUAUCGAGAAGGCUACAGGAAACGGGACUCGGAGCACUAUUAAUGAGACAGAUUACACUUUGUUUUUACAUAGCACCUGUCUCCCAAAGAACACAAAGUGCAACUUGUGUUAGUUAUUUCUACUGUACUCAGAUUGGCACGCAUGCCAUUUUUGUACUGACAAAGUGUUAACUUAUUUAAUGUUGUGUAGCCAAAUACAAUUCAUGUAAAAAUCAUUCCUAAAUUGCUCUACUGUAAAAUGUGUUUAGGAUCGAGUCAUCUGCCAGAGAAACAAGACUCCUUAUCGGGUGGGAGGGAGAUGUUUUUACUCUAUCCUGGUAUGGUAAGAGGCCCUGAUGGAGUAUUUAUUUAUGGUUUCAUUGUUAUUUUUGUCCACCACUGAAUGGUCACAAGAUAGCGAUGAGCUUAGAUACUUACCUCUCUCUGAAUGUCGUGCAAGGGAAGUAUUAGCUGUAUAGAUUUGCAAUGAGCAAACUAGCAAUAUAAGCACAAAAUAGAAGCCAAAAUAUAUUAGCUGAAUCAAAGCAUUACUGAAAGUUCUUUUUAGUAUGAAUUUUUAUGUUUGUAUUUUGGGCAUUUACUAAAAUUAGGACAUUUUAAAAAACAUUAUUCUGCCCAAGUUCCAAUAAAUACCGAUCAAUCUAAAGCUAAACUGUUGGUUUAAGCAAAUUAAACUCUGGCAGUAUGCUAAAUCAUCACAGAUGUUUUAGAUGCUUGAGUUCCAAGAAGUGCAAUAUAUCAUUUGUUUAACUCAAUAUAUGGGUUGCCUUUUGUAAUCUCUUAGGAAAUAAAUUAACUUUUAUCACUUGGUUUAAAAGCUGGUCUGAGAAAAUCUGUGUUCAGCAGUUACCAAGUGGAAUGAACAUAUUGAACACAAGGCAUUCCUAAUAGAUGUGAGGCUUUAAAAAUGAUGGGCUACAGAAAAGAAUGAUUUUUUGGAGUGAUUUGUGUAGUUUAUGGGCCAUUUUGAAAUGAUUCUACAUCAAUUCAAUCCAUCUGCAACAGCUCCCCCCCCCCCCAAAACAUGCUUUUUCUAUAUUUAUGCUGCUUUGCUUUAUAAAGGGAGUUGCAGGAGCAUUAGCCAUGGAUGGUAUCUUUUGUUUCUCUGGCAGGUUUAAAGGGGAGCUGUGCAUCCGAACAGAUGUUCUCUAGGACAAAAUACUCACCUUGAAAAUGGGAAAAUAAAACAAACCUGUUAAGUCAAAUGUUGCAGACGAAUCGAGUAACCUCCCCAUAAAUCACUUGGUAAUGCCUGUUCAAAAACAGUUUGUGAGACACGUUGAGCAUUUCCGUACCCUCGGACCGCAUCGCUAGGCGAUCGAGGGAUCAGAGCAGGUGUUUAAGACAUUCAUGUUCUACGGGAAUGAUUUAGGGGGUUCCACCAGGAAUUGAGAUUGAAAUGUUCAAGCAAGAUGAGAAAUAUUUUGUCAGUGUGCGAAACUGGCAGUCACCCUUGUCACCAUGUUCCUCGUCCCUGGCAACUAUCACUACCUGGCUCCAGCACUGUUGGUAAUCACUUUGGUGCUCUGAGAAGAGAAUAAUCAGUCUCAGACCACAAGUGCCUAAAGGAAUGCUGCAUCCACAGCAGCCUGAGAGCGCCAAGCUCCCUUGGAAAGUGCCAAAUUUGUGCCCCCCUCCAGGCUUGGAAGUCCCUCAUUGGCGGGAGCUGUCCACCUGGCUCUCUAAUUCUGGCCAUAUCUACACUGGCUAAGUCUGUUCAUCCUUGGAUGGAGUUCCUGCAUUUUUCCUCCCUUUGUAUGAUGCUUGUAAUCUUGAGAGGCUAUUUCAAUACUGCGGUUAAUGGAAGGGAUUGGCCAACCGCUUGAAAAUUGGAAGACUAAUCUACCACAUUUAUAGGUAAGUGUAGUCACCUCCAACUUUAUCACGUAAUUCCUUGAUGUACCUCUUCCACUUCACAUGCACAUCCUUUUGUACAGAUGAAUCUUCUUAUGGGUCACUUAUUUUUAUUAUUUUAUCAACUUUUCAGAUCUUAGUGGUACUUGCCAAAGGUUGCUCUGACCUUUGUUUUCUCCCCGUGUACAAUGACCGUUCUCGUUGAAGUGACGAUGUGUCUUUAUUCCCUAGGGAAUGAAGCACAGAAACCUGGGUCGAUUCCUCUCUUUGUGUUUUAGGAGCUGCCAUUUUUGUUUUGUUGUGUGAAAACCAUACCCAUUGUACACUGUGUGUAUAUUUUUGUUUAAAUAAAUGUGAAUUUUAUUUUUUA